AUCACGCAGUUUACUGACAAAUCUGGCCUGUUCCUAUAAAGAAUCACUCGAAGAAAAUCUCUGCUGCCGGUCUUGCCAGUUUUAUAAUAGGAAGGUCUUUUAUGGCGUCCUUCAUCCUCCCACUACCUUUCAACAUCGCCUUCACAUCCCUUCUUCGCUUUUCCUGCUCUUUCACAAUGUGCCGCCGUCGCCAAGUCAGGAAUGUCUAUACUCGAUGUGGACACGCUGUCAACCUGCCCGAAGAAAUUGUACAACUUUUACUGCAAUAUUGCGACAAUCCUCUCAAUUUUACCACCGUUUUUAGAUUUCGUGCGAGGAGUCUACCUGCAAGUUUAGUCUUUUCCAUCCUGCGAGCUGCAAGCCGCCGGCUUGUCGGCAGACCUGUUGGCAAUAUUGUCGUUAUCCUGAACAGUAUUGUACGACGACAGUUUAAAUAUUUCUGUCCUUUCCCGCUAACAUUCUUGAUAGCCCCCCACAUCGGUUCAUAUUGCCCCUGGUUGCAAUACCAAGGCUGUUGAGCUGCAGGUGAAGCAUCCCUUGUACCAUCUUGCCUCCAAAUCGUAACGCUGAUGGUUUCAUAUGUACUAGCAUUAUACAUAAAUAUUGGAAUAUCCUGCGUAAAAACUUGUAGUUCCGUGCCUCAUCUACAUCAACCGAGCCGAUCGGGU